GCAGCAGCAGCAGCAGACACAGCAGCAGCAACAGCAGCAGACAAAGGAGCAGCAGCAGCAGCAGGAGAAGCAGCAGCAAGAAGCAACAAUGGGGCUACAGCCAGAAGCAGCCGAUUCAGGAAAGGGCCUUCUUGAGGCCCCCUCAACUGCUGCUGCUGCUGCUGCUGCUGCAUCCACAGCAGCAGCAGCAGCAACCGCAGACACAACAACAGCAGCAGCGGCAGCAGCGAGCUGCGAUGACAGCCUAGAAGAGUUUAUAAUGAAGGGUAGAGACUUAAGCAAUCCAGCAGAUAUGCAGCAAGCAAGAAAGGAGCAGAGGCAGCUGCAGCAAGCCCUUCAUCAACUCGAAGAAAAGGCUACGUUGCUGCAGCAGCAGCAGCAAAAGAUACGCACGGAGCAGCAGCAGCAGCAGCAGCAGCAUGAACUCAAGCUGCACAAGCUGCAGCAAAAGACAAAGAAAAGAUUGCUUAAGGAGACACUAAAAGAAGAAAGGAGACGCACACAAAUCUACGCCCAGCUCGGCAUACAGCCGCAGCCAGCAGCAAAUGCUGUAGCCGUUGCAGCAGCAGCAGCAGCAGCAGCAGCAGCAACAGCAGCAACAACUCCUGAUUCUGGGGCUGUUGCAGCAGCAAACCCUCUUCGGUAUCUCUUUGCAAGUCUACUGGCCUCAACCCAGCAACAGCAGCAGCAGCAAGAGCAGCAGCAACGGAGACAGCAGCACCAGCCACAGCAGCAGCAGCAGCAUCAACAACAGCGGGAGCAGCAACAGCAACAGCAGCAGCAGCAAGAUCAGCAGCAACGGGAACAGCAAAAUCAGCCACAGCAGCAGCAGCAACAGCAGCAAACAGACACCGAUAAGGUUUUUUCAGGUGUAUCGAUGGCUGCUGCAGCGCAUGGCAGCAAGGAGACAACUCUGCAGCAGCAGCAGCAGCGACAACAACAGGAGUUAUAUGAGGGAGCAUUCGGAAGCAGCAGCAAACUCAGUGCCGCUGCUGCUGCUGCUGCUGCUCCCAUUGCUGCUUCUGCUGCUGCAGAGGGCCUUAGAAGGGAGCAGCGAUGCAUGGAGGCUGAGGAGAAGAGAAGCCGCGAGGUGUACAUACAGCAGCAGCAAAUGAUGUAUGAAUGGCAGCGUAUGCAGCAAGAGGAGACCUUAGCGCAGCAGCUGCAGCAGCAGCAGCGGCAGCAACAGCAGCAGCAGCUGCUGCUGCAGCGCUGUCUCCGUCUGGUGUCUCUCUUGGAGGAGUGGGACAUCAAAGCAAGAGUGCUGCAGCAGCAGCAGGUUUUUGCUGCUUUGCUGCUUGAAGCACGAGCUGCUGCUGCGCUGCAGCAGCAGCAGAAGCAGCAGCAAGCUGCUGUUGUGCUGCAGCAGGCUUGGCGGCGGUACAUGAAGCAGCAGCAGCAGAGACAGCAGAGGAGAGAAGCUGCAGCAGAAAAGAUAGGGUUUGCUGCUGCAUCCAUCAUGCGUCGCUGCUGCAGCGAGCAGCAGCAGUUGGUGCUGCUGCUGCUGCAGCAACACGCAGCAGCAAAGCAGCAGGAGGAGUGGUGCGCAGCAACAAAGCUUGCUGCAGCGUGGAGAGGCUACGCUGCUAGAAGGGCCUUUAAGCAGCAGCGGCUGCUGCUGCUGCUGCUGCUGCCACAGAAUGAGCAGCAGAAACAGCAACAGCAACAGCAGCAACGGCAGCAGCAACAGCAGCAGCAGCAACAGCAACAGCAACCGCAGCAGCAACAGCAGCCAGACCCUCCUUGCUCUCUUGCUGCUGUCUCGUCUCUGCCAGCAGACUUCAUCAACAAAAUCGCAAGCACUAUACGCAGUGCUAAUCUCUACGCUGCUCCACCCACCCUGCAGCAGCAGCAGCAGCAGCAGCAGCAGCAGCAACAGCAGCAGCAGCAGCAGCAGGAGCACGAGAAGACGAACGCAACACUCCUCAGCCUGCAACAGAAAUACGGAUACAAGCCCACGCUGCAGGAGGAAGAGCAGCAGCAGCAGCAACAGCAGCAGCAGCAACAGCAGCAGCAGCAGCAUGGAGCAGCAGGUGUUGGGUCAGCAAUAUGUUUUGCUGCUGCAUCUGCUGCGUCUGCUGCCAGCCCUCAAAGGACACAGACACCACAGCAGCUGCAGCAGCUGCCUGAAGCAAGCACCAGCAAGCAGCAGCAGAGCAAAUGUCUGAUGCACGUGCAAGAGCAGCCACGGCUGCAGCAGCAAGAGCAGCAACAGCAACAGCAGCAGCAGCAGCAGCAGCAGCAGCAGCAAACAAGCGGAGUUAUUUCUUCUCUGGAGGAUAACUCCGAGCGCAUCAUCGAUGUCACAGUCAUUCAGCAGCACACACCGCAACAAAAGCAGCAGCAAGAGAAGCAGCAAAAACAGCAGCAAGAGCUGCAGCAGAAGCAGCAGCAGCAGCACGUGGGGGUGGAGCAGAACGGAGUGCUACAAAUUCAUUCAGAGGUGCAGCAGCUGCAGCAGCAGCAGCAGCAGCAACAACAACAGCAACAUACCCCCUCU